AUGGGGAGAAAGCUGUUCUGUUGGCCAGCGUCGCCGGCCAAGGCUGCCAAAUUGCAGGCUCAGGACGGGGACGCCACCAGGGACGCCGGCGUGUCAGCCGGCAGCGCUCUGUUCGCGUCGCCGCUGUCGAGCAGCCCCGCUCCCAAGCGGGUCGCGGGCACGCUCGAGCCUUUGCACAUCACCAAGCUCGAGCCUCUCUGCUUCACCAAGGUCCCGCUCUCCCCUGCCUGUCGCUCCGCCUCAGCAUCCACCGACUGUGAAAGCGCACUCAGCGAUGUGGGCGCCGACCUCAGCCGCUCUCCCUCGCUCCUCACUUCGCUCAUGCAGAGCCAGGCCCGCCGCUCGGCCCUCACCACCCCGGCGACUACGCCGGGCGUAUCGCCCACCACGACUCCCGCCCCUCUGCCAGGCACAUCGCGCCCCAUCCUCCGCCGCUGCUCGAGUGGUGCCGUCUCUGACGCGCACCCCGAAGAACCUGCGGCCGUGGAGGGCCUCGCCCGCCGCCGCUCGUGUCUCAAAUUCGCCGUCACCCCUCGCCCCCUGCAGCUCCCCAACCGCUCCAUUUCCGCCACGUCCUCAAGGCGAGCCUCUGGCGCCUCUUCCCGCCUCACCUCUCCACGUUGCGCGACCCCCGCGCUCGAAGAGGACGACGAGGACGAGCCGGCCACGCCCGCCUUCGACUCCGACGACGCAGGAUACCAGGAGGACAGCGAAGACGGGUUCACCUCUGACGAGGACGGCCCGCCGCUCGUGCCCCAGGCGCAGUGGCCGCCGGCGUGGGGCAAGCAGGGCGCGACGCCCGCGCCCGCCCCGAUCCUGUGGACCGCCGCGCGCCGCGCAGCCGACCUAGCCGAGCCCUCGACGGACGAUUGCGAGCCCGUGCCGCGCAGAGCGCGCGUCCGCAUCCGCGACGAAGACACCUCCACGCGCGCGAGAGGCCGCUGCUCGCGCCACCGCUCCCCGCCCCCGUCGCACAUCGAGGAGCUCACCGCGCCGCCCGCCGCACGCUCCCCCUCCGCAGCCGACCUGUGCCGCCGGCGCAGCGGCGCCCCCGGCUGGCGCUCGGACGACUGCGCGCGCCCGCGCGUCGCCUUCCACCGCACCGCCAGCCAGCCGGCGCGCCCACGCGUCCAGUUCGCCGUGACGCAGCGCACGUGCAGCAUGGUCGUGCGCCGCGACUCGGCGCCCGCCGCCGGCGUGGACGAGGUGCACGUCCUCGCGGACACGAGCGCCCAGGCGUGCCCCCUCGCAAAGCUCCGUGCCCUCACCUCGUAA